CUCAGUGAUCGUUCUUUCUACUUUAUUAACGAGUGUCUCUUCAGUAUUUUGAGUUAAAGUCAAGAAGCAGACAUGUUGUUUGCGGCAUCGUCGACUUGGAGUAUACUUCUCUUCCUCGUCAUCUCUGCAAAUGGCGAAUCCGUGGCGCAGAAUGAGGAAUAUCUAAGGUUCCCGGAGAACUUUCUCCUGGGAGCCGCGACGGCCGCAUACCAAAUAGAGGGAGCAUGGAACGUGAGCGAUCGAGGAGAAAGUACGUGGGAUCGGUUCUGCCAUAACAAAGGAGGCGUCUUUAAUAACGAAACGGGCGACGUCGCUGCGAACUCUUACUACAAGUACAAAGAAGAUGUGGCUUUGUUGAAAAGCUUAGGGUUCAAGACGUACCGGUUCUCUGUAGCUUGGGUGCGUAUACUGCCGACCGGUUUCCCGAACAAGGUCAGCCGUGACGGUGUCAGGUACUACAAUGACCUGAUCGACGAGCUGCUGGCGAACGAUAUCGAACCGUUGAUGACGAUCUAUCACUGGGAUCACCCGCAGAUCAUGGAAGACGCGGGCGGCUGGACGAACUCGGAAAUAGUCGACUGGUUCAGCGAUUACGCGAGGGUCGUCUUCAGGGAAUUCGGCGGGAAGGUGAAACGUUUCAUAACGAUAAACGAGCCGAUUUCCGUGUGCAUGAACGGCUAUAACUACGGCGUGCACGCGCCUGGGAAAAAGUUUCCCGGAUUCGGCGAGUAUCUGUGCAUACACAACGUGCUGAAAGCCCACGCGAGAGCGUACAGAAUCUACGUGGACGAGUUCAAAGCCACCCAAAACGGUCAAGUCGGAUUCAUGGUGAACGUGAACGGAUUUCUGCCGAAAAACCCAGGGGACAACGUCUCGACCGAGACUGCGUAUGUGUUUAACGCUGGAUGGACGAUGGAUCCAGUCUACGGAGAACACGGUGACUAUCCGGAACUUAUGAAGACUGUGGUGGCUGAAAAGAGCAGGCAGCAGGGCUACAGGAAAUCACGAUUGCCAGAAUUCACGCCUGAAUGGAAACAGUACAUAAAGGGAUCUUCGGACUUCCUGGCGGUGAAUCAAUACACUUCGAAACUGGUCGAGCCGGGAGAGAGUGGACCAAUACCGUCCUUUGAUAAUGAUCAAGGCCUGUUGGUCACUAUGGAUAAAUCUUGGAAAUCGUCAGCCUCUGACUGGUUGAAAGUUGUACCUGAAGGCUUCCGGGACGUUCUCCGUGUAUUAUCAACGAAGUACGGUAAUCCACCCAUGUACAUCACUGAGAAUGGUUACUCCGAUUUGGGAACAUUGAAUGACACCGACAGAAUCGAAUACCAUCGCGAAUAUUUGAAGCAAAUGCUCCUUGCCAUGCAUGUCGAUGGUGUCGAUGUUCGAGGAUAUUAUGUAUGGUCGCUUUUGGAUAAUUUCGAAUGGGACAGGGGAUACAGAGAACGUUUCGGUAUUGUAUUCGUCGAUUUCAACGAUCCAAAAAGGCCGAGGAUAUUGAAGGAGUCUGCGAAGUGGUGGAAAAAGAUUAUAGCUGAUAGGAAAUUAGACUAGAUCUUCCUGUGUAACCGGGGCCGACAGUGGAGGACGACAGAGAGAUAGAAAAAAAAAA